GGCUCUGCUUCACUCGGCAGUCAAUCUGUCACUCUGCAGCUUAGCAAACUUUAAAAUAAAUAAAUAACUAAAGCAGAAGAGGAAGCGGUGGACGCUGGAGAGUGAGGAGGAGGAGGGAGAGAGAAAGAGAGGAAGAAAGCACCCUUUUCCUUGCGCACGUGUUUUUUGGCAACAAGGAGGCAUCACUAUCCAUCCAGAGGAGGCUACCCAUGUGGCAGGACGCUCUGUGGACCCGCGGACGCUACCUGCUGGAGAAGAGCGAUGGAGGCGAGGGGCCCGAGGGGCCCGAGAGCCUGGGGGACGGGUGCCCGGGGUUCCAGGGUGAGGUGUGCGCGGAGGGCGAGAAGCCCCAGGACUGGCUGUACGAGUCGUACUACCGAAUGAGCCAGCAGCACCCGCUGAUCGUGUUCCUGCUGCUGAUCGUCAUGGGAACCUGCCUCGCACUGCUGGCGGUGUUCUUCGCUUCGGGACUGAAUACAGAGGACCACUUGACGUUCUUGAUCACAGUGCCCACUGCGCUCUUCCUCUUCCUUUCCAUCUUCAUCCUCGUCUGCAUCGAAUCCGUCUUCAAGCGGAUGCUUCGCCUGUUCUCACUGCUAAUAUGGGCCUGUCUGGUCACCAUGGGUUACCUCUUCAUGUUCUCUGGAGGGAGACUCAGCCCCUGGGACCAGGUCUCCUUCUUCCUCUUUAUCGUGUUUGUUGUCUACACCAUGCUUCCCUUCUCCAUGAGAGGGGCCAUUAUCGCCAGCGGAAUCACCUGCUUCUCACACACUAUCACUCUCAGUGUCUGUCUGACCACCCGCGACACAGACCUGGAGGAUCCUUUAGUCUGGCAGAUCUUAGCCAAUGUGAUAAUCUUCACCUGUGGAAACUUGGCUGGGGCAUAUCACAAGCAUCUGAUGGACCUGGCACUCAAACAGACCUAUCAGGACACCUGCAACUGCAUCAAGUCUCCCAUCAAGCUGGAGUUUGAAAAGCACCAACAGGAGCGCUUGCUGUUAUCCCUACUGCCUGCUCACAUAGCCAGAGUGAUGAAAGCUGAGAUCAUCCAGAGGCUUCAGGGACCGAACUUCGGUCGAACCGAGAGCACCAACAACUUCCACAACCUCUACGUGCAGCGGCACACCAAUGUCAGCAUCCUCUACGCAGACAUUGUGGGCUUCACCAGGCUGGCCAGUGACUGCUCCCCAGGCGAGCUCGUGCACAUGCUGAACGAACUCUUCGGCAAGUUUGACCAGAUCGCGAAGGAAAAUGAGUGCAUGCGAAUCAAGAUCCUGGGAGACUGUUACUACUGUGUGUCUGGCCUGCCCGAAUCGCUGCCUGACCACGCCAGGAACUGCGUGAAGAUGGGCCUGGAUAUGUGUGAGGCCAUCAAGAAGGUCAGAGACGCCACUGGAGUCGACAUCAACAUGCGUGUUGGCGUUCAUUCUGGAAAUGUCCUCUGUGGCGUGAUUGGCCUCCGGAAGUGGCAAUAUGAUGUGUGGUCACAUGAUGUAACGCUAGCAAAUCACAUGGAGGCUGGAGGUGUGCCUGGGAGGGUCCAUAUCUCUUCAGUAACACUGGAGCAUUUGAAAGGCUCAUACAAGGUAGAGCCUGGAGAUGGACAGACCAGAGAUUCCUACCUAAAAGAACAUAACGUGGUCACCUUCCUGGUCAUCAACCCCAAGACCGACAGGCACAGCCCGCUGCUCGGCGUACGCUCUCGUCCCUCUCUGGACAGCGGGAAGAUGAGAGCAUCAGUCAGGAUGACCCGAUACCUGGAGUCCUGGGGAGCUGCCAAACCUUUCGCCAAUCUCCACCAUCGAGACAGCAUGACCACAGACAACGGCAAAAUCAACACCAGAGACGUUCCGAUGGGCCAGUACCACUUCCAGAUGAGACGAGAAAGGUCCAAAUCCCAGAGGAGGAGGUUUGAAGAAGAACUCAAUGAACGGAUGAUUCGCACCAUUGACGGCAUUAACUCACAAAAACAGUGGCUGAAGUCUGAAGACAUCCAGAGGAUCUCAUUGUUCUUUCACAACAAAGCCCUGGAGAAAGAGUACAGAUCCACCACAUUACCUGCCUUCAAGUACUACGUCACCUGCGCCUGCCUCAUAUUCUCCUGUAUAUUCAUAGUGCAGGUCCUCGUCCUGCCCAAAACUGCUGUGCUCGGGAUCUCCUUUGGGAUGGCAUUCCUGUUACUGGCUUUGAUCCUGCUCCUUUGCUUCGCUGGUCACAUUCUGCAGGGAAGGAAGGGGUCCUUCUGCUCUCUUACAUGGUUUCCGACUUCUUCUCGCAUCAUCGUCACCAAUAACCCCUGGCUGCGAUUGGUCCUCACCAUGACGACCACUGCUCUCGUGCUGGUCAUGGCUGUCUUUAACAUGUUUUUCGUGGAGGAUCCUGGAGGACCUGUGGAUGACAUCCUGCCAACUGUGAAUCUAACCAAUAACAGCCAGCUGGACUACAUGGUGGACAACACAGGCAAAAACAAGUUUUACCUGCCAUACUUUAUCUACUGCUGUAUACUGGGCUUGGUGUCAUGCUCCGUGUUCUUGAGGAUCAACUACGAGCUGAAGAUGGUGGUGAUGCUGGUCGCCGUGGUAAUCUACAACAUCAUCAUCCUGCAGACACAUGCAACUCUACUGGAUGGAUUUAACAAAGCCUUAUACCGCACAGAUAAACCAGACAGACCGGGAGUCCUGAAGGAUCUAAAGACCAUGGGUUCUGUAUCUCUGUUCAUCUUCUUCAUUACGCUACUGGUCUUAGCCAGGCAGGUGAGCAGCUUCCUCAAUGUGGUCUCGUGUAAUUUUUUCCAUUUGAACGCCACGAUUCUUUUCAGGUCAUUCAGCACAAUCGCAGAAUCGGCGACUGACUCCGUGGAGCAGAGAUGUUUUCGGGAGAUUUAGCCCCGGUCGAUCUGGAACGACUUUUAUGACUUUGUAGAAAUUAUUCUGGAACAGAUGAAAGACAGUUAAACAGUGUUGGAGGACUUGGCUCAUUAUAAAGAAAGAUCAAAAUAUCUUUGGAGCAUUAGAUCUGCCAGUUUGGCCCACUGCCUCCAUCUCCUCUGUGCCCACCAUCCUCACUUCAUAAGACCCAAACUCAUCUGACACACAUUGGGUGUUUGUGUUUUAUCUUUUUUUUUUGUGAGGUAUACCAUCCAUCAUCUCUGACCUCAAAGCUGAUGUUCGGGACAGAAGGACAGCCACAAGAGCUUUAGUACCCAAACUGGGGCUCCUCUGAGAGGCACAGUUGGUCCAAACUAGCUCCCUGUGUUGUUCUCAUUCUGGGUCACUCUCAGCAGAAAAGAGGGGGGACUUUGUUAUGGAAACACAACUUUGCUGAGUGAAACUCUUUGUCACGUACAGAUCAUGAGAAUGAAUAUUACUGUAGGUUAGACUUCCUGUGGAGGGAUAAGUUCAAGAGGGAGUGUGAGGAGAUCGAAACCAUGGAGAACCUCAACCGGGUUC